AUGUCGGUAGAAAUAGUACCUCGUGAUUUACGUAAUCUUCGAGCGUGUCUGCUGUGUUCCUUGGUAAAAUCAUUGGAACAGUUUGAAAUGGAUGGCUGCGAAAAUUGUGAUCGUGUUUUACAUAUGAAGGGGGACACUGACAAGGUGUACGAGUGUACAAGCACUAAUUUUGAUGGUUUAAUUGCUUCUAUGAUGCCAGAGGAUUCUUGGGUGUGCAAAUGGCAGAAAAUCAACCGGAAGUGCAAGGGAAUCUAUGCUAUCUCAGUUUCUGGAUCUCUUCCCUCCGCUGUGAUAUCCGAACUGAAAACUGUCGGUAUUAGGUACAAGCCUGGAAUGCGAGAUACCGCCAGCAAGUAA